AUGUCGAGCAUUGCUGCACUCGAGGCUGCGCAGUCUGAGACACGUCGGUUGGGCAAGUUUAUCAGAGCUUGGGAUCCUAAGAUACAGGGGGCCAAGGAUGCGUCGCCAAGGAUCAUUACGGAGGGCGGCCUUAUCAAAGAACUUGAUGUGCCUAUCCGCCUGCGUGACGGGGUUCUUGUUUACGGUAAUAUUUCGCGGCACGAGAGCUGGGCCACAACGAAGUUGCCUGUCAUAUUUAACUAUUCCGUGUACGGAAAAGACGGGGGGACGGACAUCUCAAUAUUUCCAGCAGCUGCCGGCCUAGACCCAUCCCGAGUGACCAAGGACUACUUGUUUGAAGCAGCCGAUGCUGGAUGGUGGUGUCCUAGGGGUUACGCCGUUGCCAGUAUUGAUGGCAGAGGUUCGUACCAGUCAGAUGGCAACAAAAGCUACUACUCCAGAGACGUAGGGAUGGAUGGAUACGACAUGGUUGAAUGGCUCUCUGUUCAAGGGUGGUCAAAUGGGAAAGUUGCACUCUACGGCUCAAGCGGAUACGCGAUGCUCCAGUGGCUCACUGCCGCGGAGAAGCCGCCAUCCCUGGCAGCGAUUAUACCUAUCGAUGGUAUGACGGACAUUUAUCGGGAGAUGGCUCGGAAAGGUGGCAUUCCGGAGAUUCAGUUCAAUACAUUGUAUCCAUUCUUCUUCAAUUGGGGCCGUGGAAUGGUGGAGGAUCCUAUGGACGGCCCAUCUAACCACGCCUACUUUGACGAGUACUGGCAAAGUAAGGUCGUGGCGCUGGAUAAGAUCGAGUGUCCGGCCUACAUCAUAUGCAGCUGGGGCGAUCACGGUAUCCACACAAGAGGCACUAUUAACGGCUACUACGGCAUACGUUCGAAAGUGAAAUACCUCGAGCUUCACCAGCAUCAGAAUUGCGGAUGGGAGUGGUCUGUGACAGAGGAAUCACUACUGCGACAGAAAGCAUUCCUGGAUACCUACCUCAUGGGUAAGCAGACCGAGGUCCAAUUUUGGCCACCCGUCAGGUAUGUGGUACGUGAGCGAUACUAUGUUGGAGAAUGGCGCUUUGCCGACAGGUUCCCGCUCCCGGAGACACAGUACACCAAGUUUUUCCCCGUAGCUUCGAGAGGACUGAGCCGUAUCGCUACGCCGAUAGCAAGUUCAAUCUCGUACGACGCCAGGGAAGAUGAACUGUCCCUGGAUCUCCCCAUCGUCCAACCUCUUGAAUUUGUUGGGCAUGCCAAACUAAAGCUCUGGGUGGAGGCUAAGGGCGCCGAAAAUAUGGAUCUAUUUAUAACAUUGCGGAAGACAGAUUCCAACGGCAACGAGGUAUUCUUUCCGUGGCUUACUAUCGUAGAUACGGGGCCCAUUGCAUUCGGCUGGCUACGGGUAUCCCGACGCGAGUUGGAUGAAAAGAAAUCAAAGCCGUGGCAGCCUUAUCACACACACCAGCGAGAUUUACCGCCGCUCAAGCCAGGAGAGGUGGUUCCCGUGGAAAUCGAGAUCCAGCCGACUUCGUGCCGGCUCCGUCGGGGGGAGCGCCUCCAUCUGGUUAUCUCUGGGCAUGACUACCGCGAAAAUGCAUAUCCGAAGAUGGCACCAAUCGCACGCCAUCCGGAAACCGUCAAUAGUGGUACGCACGUCGUUCAUUUCGGUGGCCAGUAUGACAGUCACCUGCUUCUCCCAGUUCUACCCCAUGUGCCGAGAUCCUAUCUCCGAGAAAAGGGGCCCAUUAAGAUGUCCUUGCUUGCCAGAAGACUCGAGGGUUGGUCAGAUGAGAAGUUCAUGGAUGAGUACACGGGAAAACACGCUAAGAUGACGAACGAGGUUGCGGCGGCUGUGCCAGCAUUACGGAACUACACACAGGUGGUCGCAUUCCCUCAGUCAGAAAAGAAGGGGGCUCAAAUCGGGAUUCACUCGUCGUGGGAUUGCUGCACCACCUUGGGUUGGACCUCCCUGGGCGCCCUCUGGGGCUCUUUCCAGCAUCCUCAAUACAAAGCCACGGCUGGGACUCACGUUUUCGUCGACGAAGAAGACACGAUUGGAAUUCUCAGCCAGCCAUUUUUAGACCUCAACUUCGAUCCCGUCUCAUAUGAGAAUCGAAGACAUGGGGUGCUCCUCGUGCGCUUCUUGGCCAAAUCUGCCCAAUACAGCGAAGGCGAGGAUUAUUUGCGUGACUUGCGAGCUAGAGCUCUCGCUCUUGAGGAGAAGGGUGCUGGAACCUCUCUUUUACGAUACGUGCUGAAUCGUACGGUAACUCCCGACGACGUGGGAUCAUUCUUCGCCGGCACACCUUUCAACACUGCCGACUGGACCACCAUCGUGGCAAUGGAGCAGUUUUGGUUCUCGUCGUGGGCGGCAGUUCUGGAAUUUUUCCGUGGUCAAGGGGUCAGGGAGGCAAUUUUGACCCUACCUGGCUCGUUCGAUGGGGGGAAAUCCCUUGAACUGAUCGGCAACGAAAAUAUCGUCGUCCACAAAGAUAUUGAGUUUUGA